UGAAUGAAAUAAUAAACAUGAUUUUAACUCAAUAUGUGGUAAAGAUUAUUAUCAAGAAAUACAGAGACACAUCAUCCUUUUUAAUGACUAUAUAUUCCCUUGCAUGGGUUGUACCAAAAUUUAUUAAACCAGCCCUCUACGGAAGGACAUUUAGUUCUAGAUUCUUGCAAUAAUGAACAUUUUUCCUGCUCUGUGUCUGUGUGUGUAUGAGACAACUUUGUGUAUUUUCCAGAUUAUGUCUCCUUCAGGCAGUACACUUCUAUAACAUUAUUUCUGGAUCAAAGCAUAUUCUAAGUUUGUGAUAAUUAAUAAACCAUUCUUACCAGAAAGGUUGUACCCACACUCACACUUCCAUCAACAGCGAGCCCUUUUCUCUCUCUUUGGUCAUACUGGAUAUGUGUAAUCCUUUCAAAAUUUAUCAAUAUGUCAGGAAAACAGUAACAUCUAAAUUGUGUUGAGUGACUUGCCAAUGAGCACUAAUGCUCAUUGAGGAUGGGUAUUGUGCUGAGUGCUCCCUUCUGGCCUUAGGUGGACAGUGCGUGCAAUAUGCAGAGAUCUGUAAUGUAAAUGAGAUGGUCUGGGCUCCAUACUCCUAGCUUUGCACUACCUUUGUGUAUCCUUGGGUAAGAUACUCAACUUUCCUGAGCGUCAGUUUCUUGAGCUGCAAAUGAAAGACUCGGAAUGGGUGUUCUUGCACUUCCUCUCUGGCUGUAACAGGGGGUAGACGCGAGUUCACUGCAAGAUCUGCAGCAGACACUGCUGGCUGACUAACCCAAUGCCACUCCCAGCCCCUUCUUGCUGGCCUGCCUCUACUCUGGAAGAAGCCGGAAAUGUUCAAUAGCCUCCUUUGGAGCUAAGGAGUGGCCAUUUUACCAAAUUCUGGCUAAUGAGACAUGAAGGGAAGGCUAUGAGGGUACUUCUGGAAAAGCAGCUUUUCUGAUGAAAGAAACAGGCACUAGAGAGAGCAAGCUCACAGUGGCUGUGUCUUUCUCACGCUCUGCUUUCCAUGCAGACUUGAUGCCUGGACCUGUGGGGCAUGUGGUAGCUUUAUACUGAGUGGACUCAGCUGAACAGGAUCUGUGCUUCAGAAUCCUGGCCAGUUUCAAGGCUAACAUUAGCCACAAGAGAAGUGUUGUAUGAGACUGAGAAGGCAUCAGGGAAGCAGCAGCCAUGGUUUUCAUGCUCUGAAGGACAAUGCAGGGCUCCAGACAUGGUGAUAACUCUGGUACAUUGUCACUGAUCUGCCAGCUCACCUUGCUGGUAUGAGGCAGCACGUGGGCUCCAGCUGCCAUCAGAUCUCCUUCAGCUUCUCUGCAUCCUAAGCCAAGUGCAAGUGUAGCCCCAUGAAGGGUGCCAGCUUCUCCCAUAAUACACUUGCAUUAUCAAGGUCAGAGGUAGUAAGAGACACACACAAAUCUGCUCUGUCUUUGUUGAUUCUAGUUGUUCAUGAAUUCUAGUUUAGCCCUGUAGGUCCCAAGCCUGUACGUGCUUUCAUCCACAACCAGCUUUCUACCCUGACCACCAUUCGGUCUGACCUAUGGUAACUUCCGGUUCGGUCAGGGCUAGACAGCGAACAGCUUUGCAUGGCCUUCUCCAGGAGCUCCCACAAUCAUGUAGUGUCUAAUGCAUCACUCUCCAAUAGAGCUUCUGUGAUGACGGAAGUGUUUUGUAUAUGAGCUGCCCAAUAUGAUAGCCACUAAUCACAUGCAUAUGGCUACUGAGCACUUGAAGUGUACCUAGUGCAACUGAGAAACUACACUGUUAAUUUUGACUCAUCUAAAUUUAAACUGCCACCUGUGGCUGGUGGCUACCAUAUUGAAGAGCGCAGGUCUAGUGCCUAAUAAUAAAUCUCUCAUUCUUCAUCACUUACAGUGGUUCUGUUUCUCUGGUUGCAUCCUGACCGAUCUGAGCAGUGACUGGUGACUACACAAGGAAGGACAUAUAGACAGCAUGCUAGGUAUGAAAGGCUAGAGAUCAGAAAGAGACUGGUUCUCUGGGAGGCUCAGCCACCUGUGACUGUUGAACUUCUUAUAUGAGAAAAGUAGACUCCCUUUGAACUUGCCCUGUUGGGAGCCUCAUCUCCAUUCCAGUCCCCAGGCUAGAAUUAUCAAGGUGAGCUAAAAUAUUCAUGGAGAGCAAGCAGGCUGUGUGUGGUAAGAUGUGCUCGUCAGCACCUAAUGUGUUCCUUAUUCCACCAUGAGGACUUUUACCCCUUCCUUAUUCCCUAUGCAGAUCCUUCCAUCUCCCAGUUCUUCCUCCUUCCCCACGUGAAUAUGACUUUCCUUACAGAAUGCAAUUAACCCCCUUUGUCACACUGGAUUUUGUUUGUUCAAACAGUUUUAAACACCAGCCCAUUUUCAGGAGUCUGCAAUUGUGACAAUGGGGGUGGCGGACAACCAAUUUUGUCAGCUCUAGUUUCUAAAACUGGCCACUUACUAAUAAGCUUUAGAAGGAAUCCGUCUUUCCAGAUGUGCUCUGCACCAUUAACCUGAAAGAAUUAAUCCUGAGCAAGAGCUUCUUUCAAGACUGUGCUUGACGAGAGUACAAUGAGCAAUGAUUUCAAGCUGUGUUCACAAACAAUUCUACACACAAGGAACAUUUCUUUUUCUUUCUUUCUUUUCUGGCUUGCUUAAACAAGUGGUUAUCCGUUAUGGUGUUGACAUAGGAAAAGGCGAAAUGCUGGCAACCGAAUCAAAGCAGCAGGGCAACAGACAGCUCAGGGGCGGCAAAGUUUGGUUCCUUGGACAACCAGGCGAGCUUUUCACUUCCUCCUAAUUUGGGUCCCGCCCUCUAAGUUGAUCUUCCUGAGAAUGUCAAAAGAAAGAGAAAAGAACAUAUUGGUCCAACUGCACGCGGUCUUUGGUGCUUGUUGCUCCAGAUACUUACACUCAUCUCCCAGGACAGGGUCCUUCUAACUUCUCUCUCGUUUGGUACGAGCCGCGAGAGGAGGGCGCAUCUCUCCUCCCGGCACUCCACCAUGGGCAAUAUCUCCGAAGACUCCUCGCGGGAGGACUGCAAGUCUCUGCAGUCGCUCCCCUCCGGCGAAAGCCCGGCCAUCAGCUCGGUGAUGUUCUCGGCCGGGGUGCUGGGGAACCUCAUCGCGCUGGCGCUGCUGGCGCGCCGCUGGCGGGGGGACGCGGGACGCAGCGCAGGACGCGGGAACUCUAUCUCCCUGUUCCACGUGUUGGUGACAGAGCUGGUGUUCACCGACCUGCUUGGGACCUGCCUCAUCAGCCCGGUGGUGCUGGCUUCCUACGCUCGGAACCAGACCUUGGUGGCCCUGGCGCCUGAGCGCCGCGUGUGCAUCUACUUCGCCUUCGCCAUGACCUUCUUCAGCUUGGCCACUAUGCUCAUGCUCUUCGCCAUGGCCCUGGAGCGCUACCUAUCCAUCGGGCACCCCUACUUCUACCAGCGCUGGGUCACGCGCCGAGGCGGCCUGGCGGUGCUGCCCACCAUCUACACGGUAUCUCUGAUCUUUUGCUCCCUGCCGCUGCUGGAUCCAGAGAAGUACGUCCAGUACUGCCCUGGGACGUGGUGCUUCAUCCAGCACAGCCAGACCACGUACCUGCAGCUCUACGCCACCGUGCUGCUGCUCCUUAUCGUCGCGGUGCUCGCCUGCAACUUCAGUGUCAUCCUCAACCUCAUCCGCAUGCACCGUCGGAGCAGGAGAAGUCGCUGCGGACCCUCCUUGGGCAGCUGCCGGGACGGCCCUGGGACCCGCAGGAGAGGGGAAAGGGUGUCCAUGGCGGAGGAGACGGACCACCUCAUUCUCCUGGCUAUUAUGACCAUCACCUUUGCGGUCUGCUCCUUGCCUUUCACGAUUUUUGCAUAUAUGGAUCAAACCUCUUCCCAAAAAAACAAGUGGGACCUCCAAGCUCUUAGAUUUUUAUCCAUCAAUUCAAUAAUUGACCCUUGGGUCUUUGCCAUCCUUAGGCCUCCUGUUCUGAGAAUAAUGCGUUCAGUCCUCUGUUGUCGGGUUUCAUUAAGAACACGAGACGCAGCACAGACUUCCUGUUCUAUACAGUCAAAUGCCAAUAAGUAGACUGACCUUCGCCGACAGUAGUUAAGAAAUGCUUCGUUAGCCAGCAUCUGGAAGAUCAUUUUGAAAUGGCUGCAUGAGAAAUGAAAAAAGUAAGUUUACAAACCCUAAUAAAACAGAGUGAACAAACCUUUCAGCAGCGGCUGGGGCUACAGAGGUGCUGACAAGGCACUUCAUGGAAGUUGUCAGAAGGAUCUGUAAAACCUGCCUUCAACGAGCAAGUCAAGGAGGUUGGUCUUUGGAGGAAAAACCAACGGUGUUCAGGAUCCAGUUGCCUUUUGAUUUAAACUUCCCCCUUGAGUGAGAAAGCAUGUGGUUUUGAAAUUUGUUUAAAACCCUAAAUAGUUACAGUGUUUUCUAUUUUAAUCUUCUAUGCUACUGCCGUUAUAAACACACAGCGUGCAGUCAGACCAAAUGAAACUUUGUGUGUCUCCUCUAGGAAGGCCAUGUGUGGAAGCAGCUGAGACUGGUGUCUUGUGUUGCUUAACAAACCCUUUGUUUGGCCAAUGAAUUUGGAAAUCACAGGCACUUUGUACCGUCCUAUUUGUGUAUGUGGGAGGUCUCUCUGGUCACCACGGUAUUACGCGUGGAACAGUGGGCUCAGCUGGUUAACGUCACUGUUUCACUAGUCCUCUAGAAGCUGUGUGUCAAAGUAUUAGGUAUUUAUUUUAUAAUGUCCAUUGUGCUAAGGGUAAUCAAGAACACUUCUGGAAUUUUCCUCUCAACAAGAAAUAAUAGGCUAUUAAAAGAGUUUUAAUUCUGAUUAAUACUUUUCAUUCUCUUUUCAGGGAGGGGAAAUGUGGCCAAAUAUUAGAAUUUAAAAAACUCUUCUAUUGCUCAUGUUGAGGCUGUGACUAAUAUCUACUUGAUAAUAUGACUGUCUUGUAGCAAAACUCAUGCAUCUACAUUUUUAUCCAGGAAACACAGUUUGACUCAUACUAUAUAGGAAAUCAUGCAAUAGUGAGUCAUAUCUUAAUAUGUUUCUAAAUCUAAACGUUUAGCAUGGUGUAAGCCCAGCAUCAAAAUAUUUCAGUGAAUUUGUGCUCUUUAAUCAUCUUAGUUAUUGUGUAAACUCAUCUGAAAUGUCAGGAAAAUAAACUAUGAAACAAAAAUGGAAAAUGAGAUAGUAUUUGAUGAAUUCCCCCAAAUAACAGUUUCUAGAGUAGAUAUAAUAUUUUUAAUAAGAGAAAAGUAGAAAAAAUAUAUUUAUUUUGGCAGACAAGUUUGUAAAGUGUGGUUGUAUUAUAAUUUAGAUGUCAAAAUAUUCAGUAUAGUACUUGGUAUUAGAGCAUUUUUUUCUUUCCGUACAGCAUGAUCUUCCAAACAGUAGAACCACCUUAUUUAUUUAUUUAUUUAUUUUGCAGUGCAUGUUAUUACAGGAUAGUUGUUAUUAAAAAAAGAGAGAGAGAGAUGCUAGUUUUUUCCAAGGUCUCAUUGAAUUGCUUACACAAAACCAUUUCCUAUAAGUAGUUAUCAAACUAGCUAAUCACUUAAAGUGAUUCCAAACCAAUCCAGCAUCAGACACAGUCUAUGUCAAAUCAGCUCUUAUUUUUAAAAGAAUAAAUAAAUGGUUUGUUUUUAUACUAAUUUAAACAAACCAGGCACAAUUUAACUUAACUGAAAUCUGGACAUGUAAAUAAAUCUUCCCUGGACACAAGUUAAGAGAUUGUUCUAAAUAGGAUUAAUUAUGCUCAUGGGUAAUUCCUAAACAUAAAAUUCUGAAGUUACUUCGAAUCUGGAAGAUUGAUUUCUUUUAUCAAAUGACUAUUUUUUCCUCCAAAUGAAAAAAUGUUAACUACAAUCCUUCACUCCACCUUACCUCUGCCCCAAAAUUCUGGAAUAAUGCCUAAGAACUUAAAAAAAAGGAAAAGCACACUUGGACAUAGUAUCAUUGGUAGGAACACAAUGAUUCACUCUGGGGGCCCAAUAUGUAAGAAUUUAAGCCAUUUACUUAAGAACUGGUAGAUUUCUAGUGCUUUGUUUCCUCAUGUACUCCUGUUCCUUGCACUGUGUUAAAUGGCUAAAUCCUGUUGUUUUGUCUGCAUAUACAUAGUAGGAACUGAACUUAAAAAUCCUAUGUAAUAGUCAAUCUUGUAUUACUAAUGGCGAUUUAAAGGUAAUGAAAAAAAUUACUUAGAAUAGAUAGGUAAAUAUUUCUUUUCUAAAAAAUCCCAUUCCAUCAGAUAAACCUGUUUACACUUGCUGACUCGUUUUCAAAUUAAAUAAAAAACACAGAGCUUGGGCUGGUAUAUUAGAGAACUGAACUGUGAUUUAAAAAGACACCAAUUUUAUUCGUUGUCCCCCACAGUCAGUGGGAUGAAAAGGGAGAAACUACAGUGGAUUUUCACUUCAGAAUGCCAGCCCUCACGUUGGGCGUCCAGGAACUAGAUGGGCCAGAGUAGUCAGCCCUGAGCUGAAUUAUUUCCAGUUCCCUGUGGCCCAGGUCCAGGGGGACCUGGGAAAUUCCGGUACUGAAGUGUGGCUUGAAUCUCCAAAGAUCUGAUAGACGCUAUAGAAAGCCUCCAAAAGACCUGAAUUUCAAAGCGGUUUGGAUGCAUGACAACCUAGAGCCAGAGCAAAGCUCUAGAAACAGCGCCAACCCCAAACCACCAUGUUGGCAGAGACUAUAAGCCCUGUGUGGCAGGCAGGGAAAAUCCAGUCUGCAUCACUGCAUUCUCAGUGUACUUCAGUUAAAUUUUUGGCAUCCCUGUCUGCUCAUGCCAGAGCACUUUGAAAGGGUUGUUCUAAUGUUCAUGUGAUGUCAGCUCUGAUUGGAAUUGAGAAAAACCCAAUAUAUUCAGGUUUAAAAUUUGAUGACAUUGAAAGGCAGGGGGAGACAAUUAGCUUGCACUCAUGUAAAGGUUUGUUUCUUUCAUUUAGCCCAAACUCAUGGUUUUCUGAAUUCAGGAAGAACCCCCACCUGAGCCAUUUACAGAUGGAGAAGCAGUCUCCUUGGCAAAUGAGAAGUUUCUAUGUGUGGGCAGACAGUGCCUACUCAUGUAGGUGGUGUUGCAACUUAAGUCUUUGAUGAUGGGUCUUCUGUCCCAUCACACACUUAACUUCAUUGGAUUUCCUCCCUGAGGACACUUUUAUAACAUAACUCCAAUCAUCUAACAACAUUAGAAUUGAUUUUUUUUAAUUCACAAAAUAUUUUUAUUACCGUACAUGCACACUAUGGAAAUGAAUAUUAUUUUAGCAAGUCACAACAGCUUUAGCCUAUACAGGAAACCAAGGACAUGGACUGGGCAUUAAUUUUUAAUUCAGAAAGUUACUUUUUUUUUGAGGGGGGAGCUUUUACCAUUCUUUUAAUUGUUAAGUAAAUUUUCUUGGAUUAUAUAUUUUUUUAUUCCCUAUAAAAUGAAUGUACUAUUCAAAUCCAGUUCAGGUGGUUUAAUUCUGUGAUCCAGCUGCUUCAUUUCUAAAAUCUGCCACGAGUCAAAUCAGUGUGAAGUUUCCAG